UAACAGAUUUUGAAAAAAUGGCUUGUGCAGCCGACAGCUGCAUCCAAUUCACGCGUCAUGCAAGUGAUGUUCUGCUCAACCUGAACCGACUGCGUAGCAGAGAUAUCUUUACAGAUGUCAUGAUUCUGGUCAACAGACAACAGUUUCGAGCACACAAAACGGUCCUUAUGGCAUGCAGUGGGCUCUUCUACUCGAUCUUUACUGAUUCCCACAAAUGUAACCUGAACGCCAUCAGUCUGGACCCGAAGGUCGACCCAGAGGGUUUUGCAAUCCUUCUGGAGUUCAUGUACACUUCACGUCUCACACUGAAGGAGAGCCUCAUCAUGGCCAUCAUGAACACGGCAAUCUAUUUACAGAUGGACCACGUUGUUGACACCUGCCACAGAUUCAUAAAGUCCAGUGACUCCUCUAUCAAACUACCCAGAGAGGACUUUCUCGUCAGCCCCCUGCUUUUACCUCAAGACGUUCACAGUUACAGACCCCAUGAGGUGAUGGAAAACGUUCCUGGACGGUCAGCGACUUUCAGAGAUGGGAGACCCUAUGGUGUCUGCAUGUUUAACGGGGUCAACACUCCUAACAGCUCAUACCUUUACAGCCAGUUUCCAAUGCAAGGUUUUCCCUUUCCUCUUUGCAAGCUGACAGACACCAAAAACACUUUCUCAGACUUCUCAAAGGGAGGCAUCAUCCAUUACAAACACUGCUCGCCGGCUGAUGGCAACAACCCCAUCCUGGCCGACUUCACCCGCAGCGCCACCGGUGGGAGCUCAACCGCUUGCCAUGCCGGCUCAUACUCCUCGUGCGACUCCAAGUUUGCAGAGGAGGAAGCCUUGAAACGGCACACGCUUCAGGUCCACAGCGACAAGCCAUACAAAUGUGAUCGUUGCCAAGCAGCAUUCCGCUACAAGGGAAACCUUGCCAGUCACAAAACAGUUCACACCGGAGAGAAACCAUAUAGAUGCAAUAUCUGCGGAGCUCAGUUCAACAGACCAGCUAACCUCAAAACCCACACACGAAUUCACUCAGGAGAAAAGCCAUACAAGUGUGAGACCUGCGGCGCUAGAUUUGUGCAGGUUGCUCACCUUCGGGCUCACGUCCUGAUUCAUACCGGAGAGAAGCCAUAUCCAUGCGAGAUCUGUGGCACUCGUUUCCGCCAUUUGCAGACACUGAAAAGUCACCUGCGAAUACACACGGGAGAAAAGCCCUAUCAU